AUGAAGAAGUUCGAAGCACUGGAACAGCUGGAGCAGGGCAAGCGACAAAAGCACCAGGAAGAGCAAGAGCAGGCCGAAGCUGCGGACAGCAAGGGAAAGGGGAAGGCCAAGGACGACGAUGACGAACCGGCGGCGCUUGCGCUCACUGAAGAGGAGCUCAACGAGCUGUUUAAGCAGACAUCGACCUUCACCCAACAGAGCGCCCUGGCCAAGCGGGAGCAAUCGCUCUAUGGCGACGAAGAGGAGUCGUACAUGGAGUUCUUGGACCUCGAGGGCGAGGACGGGGACGACUACUACGACGAGGCCGGCUUUUGGGAUGACGAUGACCCGGGCUUUGGCGAACCCGGUCGCAAAAGGAAGCGAGGCGGUGCUGGCGGCGGCGGAGGAAAGGCCAAAGCAGCCGCGCGUCAAGCGAGGGUGCCUUUCGAGUCGUGCGAGAUCACCGGCGAGGACGGAUUCGUUUACACAAUUCGCAAGAAGGUGCGUUACGAAGACCCGAAUGCGCCCACCUACGUCCGCAUCCCGCCGCAGCCGAUCACCCGAUCGUGGUGUAAAACGAUCGCGCCCUUCUCGAAGCCCACCGACGAUCCCAUCGGCAGCACGUACCUUGAGGGCGACAUCCUCAAGAUGGAGCUGAAGAACUACGGCGAAUUCGAGGCCAUCCUGAUGGACCCGCCGUGGCACACGGGCGCCAAGGACGACCCCGCUCGCUUGCCGGGCACGGUCACGCCAGAAGAGCUGGGCAAGCUGAAGAUCACAGACGCGCUGCUGCCUAAAGGUCUGGCGUUUGUGUGGGUGGAGAAGGAACUCAUCCCCAAGGUGUUCGCGCUGAUGAAGAAGUGGAACUUCAUCUACGUGGAAAACUUUGCCUGGGUGAAGAAGUCCGUGAACAACAAGUUCGUCUCACAGCCCUACAAAUACUUCCAAAAGUCGAAGACCACCUUGUUCAUCUUCCGCAAGUUCACCGCCGAGGGCAAGGACCAGCUCGAAUUGAGGCAUCAACGAAAUCCGGAUGUGCCCGAUUUCACGUAUCAUGUCAUCGAGACACUGCUCCCCAACGCCGCCUACAAAGAAGAUGCUGGGCGCGGCAAGUUGCUUGAACUCUGGGGCAGGGCGGGCAGCCAGCGGAGAACUGGAUGGACCACGAUUGUACAAAAGCCUUGA